AUGGCGGACACGACAACCACAGGCGACAUCAUCCAGCGUCUCCGCGACUCACGCCCCCCCGCGACAGAUGGAUUCACCUACUUGACCAUCAUCGAGAAGUCGCUGAGUCCGGAGAUCCUGCCCGCCCUCGGCGAGAUCCUGGACAGCGCGGAGCUGACCAACGAUAUCGGAUGGGACCUGGUGGACAUGCUCGUGCCCGUGCCGGGUAGCUCCGUGUGCCUGGAGAAGAUUGCCAGGCUGGGGAACCCGCGCGAGGUGAUCCUCAAGGUUCUCGAGGUCAUGGACAAGACGGCGGCAGCAGAGGCGUCUAGGAAGCAGGAGGAGGAAGCAGAGGCAGAGGUGGAGACGGAGACGGAAGCGGCAAGACGGAAGCUGCUCGGCAGCGCCGGCGCCAACGACAAGUUCGUCGCGCUGGUGGGCAUGCUCAAGAUCCUGCACGGGAGACUGCAGGUCAAGAAGCCCUCGCGGUUCCUGCACACGACGCUCGACACCGUCCUCCGGGCCUACGACGCGACCAGCUCGGCCGCCACGGCCGCCAUAGUCGACCUGGUGCGUUCGCUCUCGGGCCAGAGGAGGCCGGCCCUGCCCACGCGCCAGUCGAGCACGCGCCUCGACACGCCCUUCCAGGCCACGGACCCGACGCAGACGGCCCCCGACCCGGAGGCGGACAAGACGGAAGGGCAGCCCUACGCCCCCGAGGAGGAGGACCUGGUCAGACGGCUGCUGCAGUCCUUCGUCACGUGCAUCAUCGAGGCCUAUGUCAACUCGAACAGUCUGGAGUGGGCAUCGAGGCUGCUGGAGUACACCGUCCCGGAGAGGAUCGUGCCUCGACGUCCGACCAUGAUGCAGGCGUACAACGAGGUCGAGUCGCUGCAGGCGAUGGACGCUCUGCCCGUGACGGAACCGCUCGCGGCCGACGAUCCGGAGGAAGGGGAGGCGACGGAUGCCGAGGCGGUGAUCAAGCUCUCGACGGGAGGGUUCACGUGCCUAGCAGCCUACUGGAUGUUCUCGUCAGACGUGUUCGACGCGCACCACGCCAACGUCGACGUAGACGUGUUCCCCGAGCUGCACCUGCUGCUGCGCAGCCUGGUGGGCGACGAGGACCCGCAGGCGGCCAUCGCCAGCAACCCGGGCACGUUUGAGGCACUGAUCGUCAUGGCCGUGUGGCUCGACAGCCACCGGGGGACGGUGCCCCGGUCGUCGUCCGCGGUGGCGGACAACGACGAGGUCGACAUCAUGUCGUACCUGCACCUGCUGACGCUCGUGUCCGUCUUCCACAGCAACAUCCGCGUGCGCAACGCGGCCACGUUCAUGGCCGGGUCGGUGCUGCACGCCGACCCGGACGAGGGCGACAGGCUGGCCAUACUGGAGGACCUGAUGGAGAACUGCAUGUUCUCGGCGCUCCAGGCGUGCGCCGUAUCCUGGCUGAAGGAGGAGAUCAUGGCGGCCGCGUCAGGAGGGCGGGGCAGCGGCGGGGGCAGGGGCGAGGGCGGGGGCGAGGGCAGGGGCGAGGGGACGACGCGCGCCCUGUUCGCCGGGCCGGAAUGCUUCGACAGGCUGCAGUACACCGUCUUCCCGGAUCUCAAGCACCUCGACGACGCCGACAGCCAGGCCGUGUGGGACUACUGGACGCAGGCAUCCCCGCUCCUGCUGCAGGUGGCCAACUUUGCCCUGUACCUGUUUGGCGGAGCGCAGCAGGCGACGUCGCCGUUGAGGGACGUGGUCCCCCAGGGGCUGGCGACGACGGUAGAGCACAGGUACGUCGAGCCUCUGGGUCGGGCGGCCAACCGGUUGACCGAGGCGCUGGACAAGGGUCAGAUCACGGCGGGGGAUCCGGGAUCGACGGCCGACGCCAAGAUGCAGCUAGGAAUCUUGGCGGACACUCUGGGCAGGGUACCGUUGCAGUGA